AUGGAAAACAGUGCCUCUUCUGAACAGAAUCAAAAUCAUUGCUCAGCCAUCAACAAUAGUGUCCCAUUGAUACAGGGCACCCUUCCCACCCUGACCUUAUCUGGAAAGAUCCGAGUGACGGUGACUUUUUUUCUUUUUCUACUCUCCACCACCUUUAAUGCUUCUUUCUUGUGGAAACUUCAGAAAUGGACUCAGAAGAAGGAGAAAGGGAAAAAGUUCUCAAGAAUGAAGGUGCUUUUGAAACACUUGACCUUAGCCAACCUGUUGGAAACUCUGAUUGUCAUGCCGCUGGAUGGGAUGUGGAACAUUACAGUUCAAUGGUAUGCAGGAGAGUUACUCUGCAAAAUCUUCAGCUAUCUGAAGCUUUUCUCCAUGUAUGCCCCAGCCUUCAUGAUGGUGGUGAUCAGCCUAGACCGCACCCUGGCCAUCACCAGGCCCCUUCCUGUGCAAAGCAGCAGGAAGCUUGAACAGUUCAUGACUGGCCUGGCCUGGGUCCUCAGUAGUGUCUUUGCGGGACCACAGUUAUAUAUCUUCAAGGUGAUUCACCUAGAAAAUGGUUCUGGGCAAAAGGAAGUUUUCUCUCAAUGUGUAACACACUGCAGUUUUCCACAGUGGUGGCAUCAAGCUUUUUAUAACUUCUUCACCUUCAGCUGCCUCUUCAUUAUUCCCCUUCUCAUCAUGCUGAUCUGCAAUGCAAAAAUCAUCUUUACCCUGACACAGGUCCUUCAUCAGGAUCCCCACAAACUACAACUGAAUCAGUCCAAGAACAAUAUACCAAGAGCACGGCUGAGGACACUGGAGAUGACAGUGGCAUUUGCCACUUCCUUUAUUGUCUGCUGGACUCCCUACUAUGUCCUAGGAAUUUGGUAUUGGUUUGAUCCUGGAAUGUUAAACAGGGUGUCAGACCCAGUAAAUCACUUUUUCUUUCUCUUUGCUUUUUUAAACCCAUGCUUUGAUCCACUUAUAUAUGGAUAUUUCUCUCUAUGAUUCAUAGAGCCCUCAGUAAUAUAAGGAAAGAAAAGGUACUAACUUGCUUCAUCUGGAAGUAAUAAACACAAAGCUUGCCACAUAUUUAUAUGCAACUUUCUAUCACAUAUUAUUUGGGUUUCUUUUUGCUUUUUCCUGCUAUAAACAUUUUUUUUUAAACCACAGUUCGUAAAAAAUUAAAAUAACCACAGUCUAAGGCAAAAAGAUUUAAAAAAUAAAAAUAAAAUACGGCUGAGAAACUUCACCGCCAUCCAAACCUUACCACGCUGUGCAGUUUUUUCUCUAAAAAGGGCUCAGCAGCAAUUAUAAUCUUAUGCUAUAGCAAUACCUAGAGCACAGAGACAGUGAGGCUUUUGGCCAUAAGAUCAAUUUACCUUCCUCUGAUUAAAAGAGAAAACAAAAACAUGUAUCGUUCUCUUCAGCUUCAAACGCAUUCUAACUCAGAAUACGGAGCCUCCAAGCCCACCGUCCACUCCACCUCGCCAACAGGUCCAUCACACAGCGCAGACCACUCCCUCCCACCUCCAUGGUAUGGGCGGUGAAGAGUCUGCGAUUAAAGGAGGGUAGAGGGUCAAGAUCUGAACAAGGGUUAGUAAUAUUCCUCUAGGCUGUAUAGUCCGCGAGAUUUGUGGUACUAACUGCUAUCAUAGUAACAGUGUUUUCAAACACAAUUAAGAAAAGACUCAUUGAUUGUGUUUAUGCAUAAAACUCUGUUUUAGUCACACAAGAAUUUGUCUAUCUCUUGAUGUUACUAAGUCCGUAAUCUAUAAGUCACUAAGAAAAGUCAAUACAAAAUCAAGCAUAUGCACAAACAAAAAAGAUGCUUUAUACAUAAAGGAACUCUGGAGAAAAAAUGGCAUAAUUUCAGUCUGCAUAGAUCAAAAAAGGCCGCAGAGCAGGAAGGAAAGAAGAAAAUCUAAAUGUGAAACUAGUAUCUACUAAUAUUUAUAUUAAAUAGUAUGGUUUCCAAACUAUGUUUGCACAACACCACUUGUUUCAAUUAAUUCAUUUAAUUCUACUCCUUUCCUGAAAAAUGGGAUGAAGUGGAAAAAAGAAAGGGAAGUUCCUAUGCAGUGAGAAAAAUAUGAUAAAGAGCUUAAAGUAAAUUCAACCAUCACUUAACAUAUUGAAAUUGAUAAGAUAUAAUUAUAUUCUUUUUUUCUUUUCUUUUCUUUUUGAGACAGGGUCUGGCUAUGUAGCUAUAUAAUUCAGCCUGGCCUCAAACUCCCAGCAAUCCUCCUGCCUCAUCCUCCCCAAUGCUGGGAUUACAGGUGUGCACCAACAUGCCUGGCUCCAUUGAGCGUCUUUCUACUCUGUCUUUCAUGCCUUCUUUGUUAUUUAACCCAUACUUUUAGUUAACUAAUCUGUAGCACAACUUUACAUUUGAAUUGAGUAAGAUUGAAAAUACAUAUUAUAUAUAAUAUGCUCAAAGUUUGUAGUAUACUCAUAUCAAGACUUUACAGAUCUCCUGGAUAACACAAAAACAAUCUUCUCUUUAUCUUAUAUUUAUUCUUAAAUUGAUAAUAAAUCUUUCUUCCAGAUUUAAAGGCAAAAAUAACACACAUGUACAAGGUACUAAGGGCUUUAUUCCAUAUAUAUUUAGAUCACAUCUCAGGUUGGUUCUUAAGUAUUCAAGAAACUUCUAUUGAGGUAUUUCUGCAGGCAUUUUAAGUACAUUUACUAAAGGGCUAUUCAAAAUCUAGAUGUAUGAGUCUUUAACUUUGGGCCCACGCAUAGAGUAUAUUUUAAUACAAUUGUUUUUGUUUAGUCCUAUUUGUAUUAUUUUAUGCAUUUAAAAAUAUUAUUCUGAGAGAGGAUUUAUAGACUAUACCAGGUUGCCAAAAAAAGGUUAAGAAUCCUUGCUUGAUUUUGUAUAUUUAUAAGGAAGUUUAUUAUAAAAAUGUAUCCUAAUAUAUUUGUUUAUACAUGUGCAUAAUGUUUAUAUUGAAAUUUCAUUGUUUUAAUAUGCUUAAACAUUCUUUUUGACAUGUUCUGAAAAACUGCACAGAAAUACACAGUAUUUACCAGUAUUAUGGUUUAUAAAUUAUAAUAUGGAUAUAAGUUAAAUGUAGCUUUUAAAUGAAAAGAUUCGUUACUUAACAGAGAGUAUUUCAUAUCUAAUAAGAAAAAAAUUAAGAUUCUUUGGGGGAAAAAGAGGAAAUAUUCUGCAAAGUCAAUCCAACAUAUAAGAUAGCUAAAAUUCUAUUUUAGUUGUCUCAUUCUUUAUUUAACCUAUUCAACUAGUCAAAAGUUGGAUUUCUUUCAGCAAUUUGGUUUAGUAAAGAAGUGACAAACUAAUCAUGAAUUGAACAAAGAUUACAUUAAUUCAGUUUCAGCCUAUUAAACAGUGAUAUGUAGCUAAAAAACACUCCGGGCCUGGAGAGUGCAUAUCACAAAUAUUAUUUUCUCAUUAUCUUCUAGGGAGUUUCAAUCAGCAUAAAUGAGUUAAGAAUUUUUAGAGUAGCCUUACCUUAGAAUUUAUGGGGUAGUCAUAAAGAAUUGGAAUUUCAUGUAUUUUAUCUGUGUUCUAGUUUUGAGUAGUGAACCACUGCCUAGGGCUUUGCUCAUUACUAUAAAGUAAUUCUAUAAGAAUAAAAGGAAAGAAAUAAUAGAGGUCAAUUUAAUCUUACCACUUUAUGAUUAAGUUCAAAUCAAGUUUAAAGCAAGUCUAAUUUUAGAAGUUACAUAAAAUAAAGUUCAUACAUAAAAACAAUAAACAUAUACACGACAUAGUAAUAUAGUUUUCUGAAUUUUAAAUUUUUUUCUUUCUUUUGAAUUUAUGUAAUUCCAAAUUCCCAAAAUAAAUAUACACUGCUUUUGAAGUGAGAUAAAUAACACAACAAAUGUUGUAUGUGUAUGUCUGUACUACUUUUUUAUGCAUAGCUGCUUCUGUUAAGAGUGCUUUCUGCUGUAAGGCAAACGAAUAUCAAACCAGCAGGGCUAUUUUUUCAUUUCAUGUUAUACGGUGACCAGUGGUAGACACAUUAACUUAAAGAUUCGAGUUAGCAUCUCUGCUUCCACUUUUCUUUCCUGAAUAAAACUUGAUUUUCACUAUUACAAACCAUAAAUAUAAUGAGAAAGGAUGACUUCUCACUGUGGCUUUCCUUUCCCCAGAACCCUCAUCUUCUCUUAAAUUGGCCAAAACCAGGAUACAUGACCACUCCUAAACCAAUUAUUAGCAAGGAAGAAGAUUCCCCUGAACGUGUAAGCCCACCUUGGAAGACAGGGCUCAAUUUCCCAACACUAGGAAAUCUGACAGCUGCGGGUGGAAGCAUAGCAUUGUUUCCUUUUCUUUUUGGAAAAAACUGUAUAGCCCCCCCCCAUCGUGUGUGUGUGUGUGUGUGUGUGUGUGUGUGUGUGUGUGUGUGUAUUAGAGGGAGGAAAAAGAGAAAUGCCUUUUGGGUCAGAAAACAUCAUUACAUGCUACAAUCACCAAUUAACUUCUCAAAAGACAUUUGAGACUACAUAUGCCACAAAUUUAAAAUUUAAAUAGUACACUAAACAUAAAGUAUAACAACUAAAUGCAAUUUCUGGAAUAUAAUAAAUCAUAAUAAAUAUAGCCUUAAGCAAAAAGCAAAGAUUUUCAUUGUCUCUCACAAUCUAAAUCAAAGCAUUUUAAAACUCUAGUGGCUGGAAUAUUCAUCUAUAUUGAGAGUAGGUUCUGCCUAAUUAUUGAUUUUCUUGGGAACUCUUGGUUCCUGUUUCUUUCUUCAUUUAUAUGUUGAUGUGUCUGUUUUUAUAAUUAGUUCAUUGGAUAAGAAAUUUUUAUAAGUUCUUUAAAUUCUGGCCAACACUUUAGAUUCAGAGAAAAAUCACCAAAUAAAUUAAUAAAUAACUGCAAUUUGAAGUGGAUUUCCCUAAGGGCUAAUGAAAUUUAACUUCAAAACCCAUUUAUUCAGUCCUGGAAAAGCUCUUUUCACAUAGUCACGUUUUUAUAAAAUUCACUACAAUAAGAUAUUUGAAUCGCAAUUGGUUGACUCUUUCUCUUUUACUGUCUUUCUUUUCUCUUUCCAUGAGACAAUGCUGGAAUGGCCAGGGGAUCUUUAGGAUCCAGCCAAGACAAGGCUGCAUUAGGAAUAUCUUUCAAUUAAAUUUAGAGGGGUAGUAUGUGGUUUUUGGUCACUUCUAUGUAUAAUUAAGUAACUGUUAACCAUUACAGUAAGCUUCUACAUAUAGUACUAGAUAAAACACAUACCAACUUAUCUGGGAUAGCGACAGGGAAGCACAGGGUCAGAGGUCAUAUCAUGAUAUAAAUGUCUAGACAUAAUGAACCUAGAACUAUGUGGCUAGUGAGGGACAGAAGAGGUAUGAAAUCUAUGGAACUUAGUCUUUAAAAAAUUCUGCCAAUCCUUAUCAUGCACAAAUGAAGGUGAUUCACAGUGAGCUACACCCUUGUAUAAUCUCCUUUCUUUGUGUUUUACUGGAACCUGAGACUGGCUUCCACCAUAUUUUACUUAUGGCUAACUAAGGAGAUGUCAUUAUCUUGAUUAAAUGAUAUUAUAAAGCUAAGGUGACAGGAUGUCAGUCUCGUGAUUAUGUCACAUAAGACUUCACCUCAACUGAGAACUUCACCUCUCUUUGAAGAAGUAAACAGCCUUGAGGUGAGCUGCUUUUGCUGGACCUACCAGGCAGAGAAUUGUAGGCAGCCUCUAGGGACUGAGAGUAGUUUCCAGUGGACAGCCAGUAAGAGCGUAAGGCCCUCGAUCAUACAGAUGAAAAGGAAUGAUGGAUUCGAACAACCUAAAUAAGCCUAUGUGCUAAUUCCUCCAUACUGAAGCUGCCAAAUAAGUACACAAUCUCAUCAGCACCUUGAUUACAAUCUGAACUCCUAUGCACAGAAGCUGUGAAAUUAAAAUAAAAAUGUGUUAAGUCACUAAGUUUAUAGUAAUUUGUUAUACAAUAAUAGAAAAUAUAUUUAGCAUGUAAAAUGUAUAAUGCAUUUUGUCAAACAUCGAAUCUAGUCAAAAUGGAAGGCCUCUCCUUUCAGAAAUAGUCAUAUACCAUAUACUCGGCACUGCAACAUAGACUACUGAAAGCUCCUCUACAUUUUUUUCUUUUUGCUUGGAAAUACAUACAAGAUCUAAUUUAUCAGAAUUUCUAUGUUUGUGAGCACAAAGCUAUAGGAGUACUACAAACAGCAAGUAUAACUGUUUUAAGCAUCCUAAUGUAUCAGACUGCAUGAGGCCUUCACUACAGCUGAGCUGAUAUUGGCACCAUGCCCUUGAACCUUUGAAU